AUGAGCGCCCAGCCGCGCGCUGCCGCCAGCGCUCUGACGCUGCUUCAGCAGACACCACCAGCCUCCUCCACUCGAGGCGCGCCGAAGAAGAAGACGCGCGGGCCCAAAGCCAAGAAACCGCGCGGCUGGGGGCCCUUCCACUCGGUGCUAAAAGAACGCUCCGUGGACUUUAACUUGACGCUGGACGUGCAGGGCCUGCAGCAGCAGGUGCAGGACCUGAGCACGCUGCGGGACAUCCUCAGCACGCGCACCAUGCUGCGCCGCCACUCUCCGGAGGGAUCGCUCUUCCACGUGGUCAAGGAGUACCUGCGGGUCUUCCGCUCCGGCUGGGCCGUCCGCGAGGCCGGGCGCAAGCGGCUGCUGGACGAGCAGGACCAACGCGCCUUCCUGCACAGCGUCAUGGACCCGGACCUGGACGUGGGCAACGGCCUGCGCGGGCCCGACGUCAUGGCGGACCAGAUCAUACUGUACUCGACGUUCAUCAAGUUCAUUCGGACGACGCUGCAGUCGUACGACAUCGUGGUGGCUGAGGACUCGGUCAUUAUCAAGACGCAGGCGACGCUGAGGUUCCAGGUGCUGCGGAACACGAUCGAGAUGAUUUUUCCCCAUGUCCUUGGGGACGAGUGUCUCGUGGCGCAGCUUGUGGGGCAGGAGGUGGAGCCGGACAUCGGCAUCACCUUCUCCUUCAACGCGGAGGGCAAGUGCUGCAAGUACGAGUUCGAUGUGGACUUUAUAGGAGCGUUUGCGAGCAUAGUGAAGGAUCCUAGGAAGCUCGACAUGCUGCUAGGCAAGGCGCUGAUUGCAGACAACUGCAUGUUCGGG